AUUAGGUAUACCAAAUUGGUUAUAUCCGGUAUGGAGUAAGCUGAGUUGGUUUAGCCCUAGGGUUAAAGGUGGUUUUAAUCUCUCGUGAACGAGUCCUAAAAGAGAGUAAAGAACCCUCUUGAGACGACGUUGUAAUCAUCUUCUUCCACAAGGGUUUAGAGACGAACAGUUCUUGGGUGAUAGUGAAAUUGCUGGAUCGAUCCAGCCCCAGAGAGUAGUACUUCACUUCUAAGGCGAAACUCUGGGUGAACAAUCUCUUGUGUCGUUUAAUUUCUGGGUUUCUUGCUCAUCUUUCAAUUGCAAAUCAGAGAGAGAAAGCCAGAGUUCGAUUGAAAUCAGUUGAGAUACUGUGAGGGUUCAUGGAAGAUAAAGCCUCUAAUCAGUGCUCAAGUAGCAACAAUGCAUCGGAGAAAACACAAGAAUCAACUGUUGAGCUUAACAUCAAGACGUUAGACUCGCAGACGUAUACUUUCCAAGUGAACAAGAAUGAAACUGUUUCAUCAUUUAAGGAGAAGAUAGCUAGCGAGAUAGGAGUUCCGGUUGCUCAGCAGAGGCUCAUUUUCCGGGGACGGGUUUUGAAAGAUGACCACCCUCUCUCUGAAUAUCAUUUGGAAAAUGGGCAUACUUUACACUUGAUUGUGAGGCAGCCAGCAGAAUCAUUUCCAUCAUCUGGUACACCUUCAGAAGGAGCAACUGCAAAUGAUGGAAAUGGUACAAAUGGUGGACCAUCUCUAAAUCGGAGACACAUCUCCCACAGCGUAGUUCUUGGGACUUAUAAUCUUGCAGACCAGACUAAUGGGAUUGUUCCAGAUAUCAACCAGGUCAUUGGAUCAGUUCUAAAUUCUUUUGGAGUUGGCGGGCAGCAGCCUACAAAUAACAGUACUAAUGUCACGCAGUCAUCUACGCCUUCGAAUUUGUCUGGUCAUGCUCCUCCUGUAAAUACAUCUGAUGGAGCGCCUGGCAUCGGUGGUCAAAGCCAAGCGGCAGGUCAUUCACUACCUAGGCAAGCAUUUCCUCGAGCAACAUUUCAAGCAUCGAUGCCUCAUAUAUUUCAGAUUCCGGUUACAGCAGCAACAACAAUUCCUAUUCCUUCAUUUCACAUGCCUAUCCCGGAUUCGCUAGACACUAUUUUGGAGUUCAUUAAUCGGAUGGAGCAGGCACUAUCACAAAAUGGCAAUCAGUCAGAUACCUCUCCUGCUACAUCAGGAGGCCUGCCAAGGGAAGAAUUGCCUAGAAAUAGACGAGGUCCAUCAACGCCUGAAGCACUCUCUGUUGUCAUGAGGAAUGCACAGCGUUUACUGAGUGGCCCAGCUGUAUCUUCUUUAUCGGGUAUUGCAGGACGUUUGGAGCAGGAUGGGUCCUCUUCAGAUCCUGCUCUCAGGGCACAAAUCCAGACAGAGGCAGUGCAAGUUGGUCUUGCUAUGCAACAUUUAGGGGCCCUCCUACUGGAGCUUGGGCGCACGAUACUGACACUGAGAAUGUCACAGUCUCCGGAAUUAUCCUAUGUGAAUGCUGGGCCUGCUGUUUAUAUAUCUCCGUCAGGACCGAAUCCUAUUAUGGUUCAGCCUUUUCCUCAUCAAACCAGCCCCCUCUUUACUGGUUUGGCUGCCUCAUCAAAUCCAGCAGCCGGAUCAGUUGGUUUAGGAACCGGAUCAGUUGGUUUAGGAACUGCCCAAAGGCACAUUAACAUUCACAUACAUGCUGGCACAGUUGGAAACCAUCAAAGUAAUGGAGAAGGGGGACAAGGAGACCGUGACAGCAAUGCAAGUUCAGUCCGGGUACUCCCGGUGAGAAACAUCAUUGCUGCUGGUGGUCCAUCACGCUCUACCGGUGAGAAUGUUCCUUCUGCUGGGGUUCAACCUGCUUCGGAUGGUUCUGUUUCAGUUUCUGAAAUCAAUGCAAGAAUUAGAGAUGUGGUGAACAAUAUGCAAGGAAGAAACCAGACUCCAUCGGGUACAGAAUCGCUCGAGCCAAAUAUGUCUCCGGGAUAUGGUGUAUCAAGUGUUACGCCUGAGCAGCAAACCAACAUUGCGGCUACUAGCACAGCUGAGGAGUCAAGCCGCUCACUGCAUGGCUUAGCAUCUGAGAGGACAAACUCGACUGGUCAGAGUGAUAAAGAGCAUUGUGAAGAUUUAGGACAUCCAGCCAGUGCAAAAGAUAUCUCUUGUACUGCAGAACAAUCUUCAUCACCGUUUGGAGAAUCCGCAAGCUACAGAGAUGAUUCAUUCGGUGAUGCCAAAUCAACCAAGAAUGCUACUUCAGAGGUAGCUACAGCUACACCACUUGGAUUGGGACUUGGGGGUUUGGACCGUAAGAAACGAAGCAAGCAGCCCAAGCCAUUAAGUGGGACUUCUACUUCGGGGGAAGGUGUUCAACAGAGCAUUGGGACCAGUGGCCAGCAGCUUCUGCAAUCUCUCUUUUCUGGUAGUUCUCACUCAGAUGAGACUGGUCUGAGACGUGGGCAAAGUUCAGAUGAUCGGGUAGAUGUCUCAAGUGCAAUGUCUCAGGUCCUGGAGAGCCCUGUAUUGGAUGGAUUGCUAGCAGGGGUAUCGCGGCAAGCUGGUGUGGACUCCCCAAAUAUGCUGAGAAAUAUGCUGCAACAGUUUACCCAGAACCCGCAGAUUAUGAACACAGUACAACAAAUUGCUCAACAGGUGGAUGGUCAAGAGAUAGAGAACAUGAUGUCAGGAGGAGCUCAGGGUGAAGGCGGUGGCUUUGAUUUCUCUAGAAUGGUUCAGCAAAUGAUGCCUCUAGUGUCACGUGCUUUUAACCAAGGAGGGCCAUCACUUGAACCCGCGAUACAACAGCCUGAUGAUCAUCAGCCUUUUCAGGCAAGUGUUGAACCCAUGGUGCAAAUGAUUGAGCACUCUGAUCCACCCGAAGAUGUCUUCCGUGCAAUUGUCGAAAAUGCUGCCAUGAGUCAAGAAGACCUUGCGAACGAGCUCUGCGAUGAUGAAGUUCUUGCUCAUGAAUAUGCGGAGUUGCUAAGGCGAGAUAUCCAAAGCCGGCUACAAGAUGAUCAAGGUCCAUAAGCUACUUUGUAAAAUUGGUUCCAUAAGUCUCACAUGCGAAAUCAUACUAUAUGUCUUUGAUGCUUCUCUACUUGCUAAGAUCAUCCCACUUUGUAAACAAGAAUUAGGGUUUGGGAUUGGUCUACUCUGCUGAAGAUAAGUCAACAGUGAUUUAUCUAAGAUAUUCAAUUUCAUAUUUCCAUCUUUGACCGCAUUAAACUCUCAGAUGAUGAUGGUCUACUUUCUUCCCUUCCAAUUACUCAAGAGUUUCAAACGAUAAUGAUAGUAUUCGAAA